CGUUUCCAGCGCUCCGUAUCCUACGUCGUCUUGCCCCGCGUGCGUGCCGGUAGUAAAAUCGUUUGCGCGCGCGCCCGCCUGUGCUCGUGUGUGUCAGUGUGUGUGUAUUCGGAUGUGUGUGCGUGCGCGCUGUGUGUGAUAACGACCGACCGACCGACCGACCGACCGACAGACACACUUUGUUCUAUUCGUGUUCGACGCGCGCGAUGCGUCCGAUCUCGUUCGCCGCCUCCGCCGUCGUCUGAAUUCGAUCGCGUUUUUCCUGAUUUUUUUUACUUUUUUUUUUUACAUUUUUUUUCACGUAUCCCCCGCACGCACGCACGGCCGCCUGUCCGUCGAAUAUUAUUCAUCGGUUUUGGUUUUUUCGGAAAAAAAAAAACAACAACAACAACACAAAUAAUAAUAAUAAAACCGAUAUAGUAAAGACCACACAGCUUUUGGCCCCGCAUGCCGCAACAUGUCCUACCGCUCGCUGGCCGCCGACCGCGUGUACAAAGCGACCACGGACGACCUGCAGCCGGAGCGGAAGAACUCGGUCGGUACAGUUUUUAAAAAGGCUUUCGGCACGCUAAGCUCCAGCCCCCGGCGCAGGCUGUCCGAGCCGCUUAUGUCCGGCGUGCCCGUAAUCGGCACCGGAAACAUCAACACGCCGCUCAGAAAAAUGCCCACGUCUGCCAUAUCCGAAGAAGCGUCGCUGCUCAGUGGCAUGCGAUCGGAGACCUUGGAGGAAGUGGAACUUACCGGCGUCCGUCCUUCGCUACCUGCCGUCCGGACGUUUACCAGGGGCAAUACCGGCGUGGAAGAGGUGUACGUGGACACCGACAACGGGCCGGUGUGUGUGGCCGUGCAGGGCGAUCGGUCCAGGCCACCCAUACUCACUUACCACGACUUAGGACUGAACUACGUCACGAGCUUUCAGACAUUCUUCAACUACAGUGAAAUGCGCACCCUCAUGUCAAAUUUCUGCGUGUACCACGUGAACGCACCCGGACAGGAAGAAGGAGCAGCACCGUUAUCGGAUGAUUACGUUUUUCCUAGUACAGACGAGUUAGCGAAUCAGUUAGAUCACGUUUUAAGAUACUUUGGUUUGCAAUCGAUCGUUGGACUUGGAGUGGGAGCUGGUGGGAAUAUUUUAGCGCGGUUCGCUUACAGACAGCCAACAAAGGUCGAAGCGCUGUGUCUGAUCAACGUGGUGUCAACGCCGGCCGGUUGGAUCGAGUACGGUUAUCAAAAGUUGAACAGCAGAUAUUUGAAAUCCAAAGGCAUGACACAAGGGGUGAUGGACUAUUUGAUGUGGCAUCAUUUUGGAAAAGGAACCGAAGAGAGGAACCACGAUCUGGCCAGAGUGUACCGCGAGUACUUCGAGCACAGCGUCCACCCGGGCAACCUGGCCGCAUUCAUCGACUCGUACGUGAGACGGACGGACCUGGGCAUCAGCAGGAGUACGCCCACGUCCGAGUCAUGCCCGGCCGGCCGCCGGCUCAGCAUGGCCACCACGUUGCAGAUGCCCAUCAUCAACGUGUGCGGAGCUCUGUCGCCACACCAGGAGGACACGGUGACGCUCAACUCGAGACUGGAUCCGACCAAGUCGUCGUGGAUGAAGGUAUCCGACUGUAGCAUGGUGCUGGAAGAGGUACCACAAAAAAUGUGUGAAGCGCUGCGGCUUUUCUUGCAAGGACUCGGUUACGCUGUGAGACUCGGCCGGCCACCGUUGACCGUAUCCAGAUCGGCUGAAGUGAUAUCAAAAUCCAUGAGACAGUCCACGUCCAAAGACAGUGUGCGCAGCUCACCGUGGCCUUUCAGAAUCACCGAGAACCCGCUGACGGCAUGAUGACAUAAUACGUGUAAUGCGAUUAUGUUAUUAGCGUGCGCAGGUCGUUUUGGUGGCGAGGCGGGAGGUUGGUGCUAUAGCAACAGUUCUACAAUAAUAAUAUUAUAUAUAGGUAUACGCAUAACACACACACACACACACACACACACACACACAUAUAUAUAUAUAUAUGUAACAUGACAUGAAUGCACUCGUGCAGUUUCGCGGUCUGGGCGAGCGUCGGUGAGCCGCGGAAAAAAAUGUCCAGAAAAUUUUUUUUGAAAAAACCGAAACCGUUUUAGUCCGUUUACCGAUUAGUCGAAAAAGGACAAAUACAUAAUAAUAUUAUAGUUUAUAAUGUUAUAUAAAUGGUCUGGCUAGUUUGUUUUUUGUAGACAAUUUUUUAUAUACAAAUAUAUAUAUAUAUAUGUAUGUAUGUAUGUAUGUAUGUAUGUAUACCUAUAUAUAUAUAUAUAUUAUAAUAAUAAACAGUUAUAUAUGUAAUGACGUUAGGGAUAUUGAGACUCAUAUCAUCAAAAAAGCUUCAGAUGUAGUUUUUGCUAAACGGAGAAAAAACUCCGUGUAUAUUGUUAUGUUUAGGUACGCCUAAAAAUUAAAUUAAAUUAAUAUAUUAUUAUAAUAUAAUCGUUCAUGAAUAAUAAAAACGACGAGAUGAACGAGUUAGUUUAAUAGACUGCACAAACAGCUGCGCUUUUUUAUUGGUUUUUUUUUUAUAUUUUACGUUGUUGAUUAUUGAUGUUAAUAAUAGUUUGUUAAGUGUUGCUGUUAUUUAAUCAGAUAUAUUGUACACAUCGCGGAUGUUAUAUACCGUUCUGUAUGAUAUAAAGAUGGAUUGUGAUAAGUAACAAUAUAACAAUGAAAUUUAUAAUUAUA